AGCAAGUCGCGGCAGGUUUUUGUUUACUAUUCGUGAAAAGGUGAUUUUUUACAAUUUUCUCCAUGAAUAGAAUUUAUUGAAAUCAAGAUGAGGCGCAGCUUAGCGCCUAGCCAAGUUGGCGCAGGGGACAGUGUGUUUAAAAGUCCCCUGCUAGACUCUGCUAAACGUAAAAGGCGGGAAUGUGCAAAAAUUCCUCUUGCACAGAAAUCACUCUCUCAGGCUAUGUCUGCAUCAGAACAUGAAACACUUAUUAAACAGAUCCUUAGCAAGCCGUUCAAGGUACCCAUUCCCAACUAUGUUUCGUCGUAUUGUGGCAAAAGUUUGGGUUUAAAACGAAGUCAGGUUAGGCGGGCCUUGCAUGACCCUGACGAACCGAAUGCAUUGGUUUUAUUUCGUCCACCGUACAUCCCUGAACAUGAAAAGAUGAAAAUGAGUGCAAAUGACAUAAAAGUAGCAGUAGUAGUUGAUCCUGUACUCGGGAACAUACUCAGACCUCAUCAGAGAGAUGGCGUGAAGUUCAUGUAUGACUGUGUCACGGGAGCUCAGAUAGAAGACGCCUACGGAUGUAUCAUGGCUGAUGAAAUGGGUUUAGGAAAGACCUUGCAAUGUAUCACCUUAUUAUGGACACUGUUAAGACAAGGCCCAGACUGCAAGCCCACUAUAACAAAAGCCAUCAUCGUCUGCCCCAGCAGCUUGGUCAAAAAUUGGUAUAAUGAAAUCCAUAAAUGGCUAGCACAACGCAUCAAUGCUUUACCCAUGGAUGGAGGCUCAAAAGCUGAUAUAACCCUCAAGUUGAAACAGUUCAUGAAUACUUACUCAGCUACAAGAGUUGCUACACCAGUUCUGAUAAUCUCAUAUGAAACAUUCAGGAUAUAUUCAAACAUUUUACACUCAUCAGAAGUCGGGUUGGUCUUGUGUGAUGAAGGUCAUAGAUUGAAGAACAGUGAGAACCAAACUUACCAAGCUCUGAUGGGUUUGAAGGCAAAGAGGAGGAUUUUGAUCUCUGGCACCCCAAUACAAAAUGACCUUACAGAAUAUUUCAGUCUAGUCCACUUUGUAAAUGAAGGCAUAUUGGGAACUGCUGCAGAAUUUAAAAAGAAGUAUGAAAAUCCCAUCCUAAGAGGACAAGAUGCUUUGGCAACUCAACAGGAAAGGGAAAAGGCUCAAGAAUGCUUGCAGACACUGACUUCAAUAGUAAACAAAUGCAUGAUCAGAAGAACAAGCACUUUGCUGACUAAAUACUUGCCAGUCAAGUUUGAGCAAGUCAUUUGUGUCAAAAUGACCCCCCUUCAGACACAACUGUACAAGAACUUCAUUAAUUCAGAUGCAAUUCGGAACAAAUUUACUGGUACAGGAGAGAAGAACACAAACACACUCAGUGCUCUAUCCAGCAUCACAACAUUGAAGAAACUCUGCAACCACCCAGAUCUUGUGUAUGACAAGAUUAUGGAAGGUUCAGAAGGAUUUGAAAAGGCAAGGAGCCUGCUACCAAGCAACUAUGACAUUAAAGACGUCAAACCAGAGUUUUCUGGAAAACUUAUGAUCCUGGACUGCAUAUUAGCUAAUCUAAAAACUAACACAGAUGACAAAAUUGUUCUUGUCUCAAACUACACUCAGACUUUGGAUCUGUUUGAGAAAUUGUGCAGGAAAAGAUGCUACCAGUAUGUGAGACUGGAUGGUUCAAUGACAAUCAAAAAGCGUGCUAAAGUUGUGGAGAGCUUCAACAGCAAAGACUCUAAGGAGUGGAUAUUCAUGUUGAGCUCCAAAGCUGGGGGUUGUGGGUUGAAUCUCAUUGGAGCAAACCGUUUGAUAAUGUUUGAUCCAGACUGGAACCCCGCAAAUGAUGAUCAGGCUAUGGCCCGCGUCUGGCGCGAUGGACAGAAGAAACCAUGUUUUAUCUAUAGGCUACUAGCAACAGGAACAAUUGAAGAAAAGAUAUUCCAACGCCAGGCACACAAAAAAGCCUUGAGUGACACAGUUGUUGAUCAAAAUGAAGAGUCAUUGAGACAUUUCACUUCGGAUGACUUGAAAGAUUUGUUCCGGCUUGAAGAGAACACUUUGUCCGACACUCACAGCAAGUUCAAAUGCAAACGGUGUGUCAACAACAUCCAAGUUACCAUUCCACCGGAGAAUUCAGAUUGUACGUCAGACUUGUCGAAUUGGUACCACUGUGCAGAUAAGAAGAAUUUGGCCGAUUUAGUUCUGAAACAAUGUUGGGACUUGGCGAAGAGCAUUUCUUUUGUAUUCCACCACCGUUCAGCUAAGACCGAAGCUCAGGUGAAAGAUGAAGAAGAUAAAGAGAAUGUACAAGCAAGAAAGAAACGGAAAAUAGAAGAAGACGAAGAUUAUUCAGAGCCUGAUGACAGUGCCGAUGAAGAUUACAAGUAAAUUAUGUCUACUACCUUCAGAAUAUUUUGUUACUUUAUUUAUAUCGUCAGGAAAAUUAAGUUUAUUUUUAUUUUUGAUGUACAUAAAAAUAGGUUAAGGUAAUUAUGAUUAAAACCAACUGUGUCAAAAAGUAAAGUUAUUUAA